AUGGAAGUGUGUAAAUGCAUUCGAAAGGCUCUACGUGACUAUGUUAAGAAGCUCGGGACAUGGAACUGCAAAACCCUCUCAUCGGAUGUGAAGACCCGAAUUGCGUUCGAUGAGGUCUGGGCCCGCGGUUUCGAAAUAGUAGCACUUCAGGAGGUAUGCUGGAAAGGCGUGACGGUGCGCCAGUACCGUAGCAACUGCACGAUCUACCAGAGCGGUGGAGAGACGCGCGAGCUCGGUACUGCGUUCAUGGUGCUGGGUGCGAUGCAGCAGAGAGUAAUCGGGUGGUGGCCGAUCAACGAACGGAUGUGCAGGUUGAGAAUUCGUGGCAGAUUCUUCAACCUGAGCAUUAUAAAUGUGCAUAGUCCCCACAUUGGGAGCACCUAUGACGAGAAGGAGGCCUUCUAUACGCAGCUGGAGAGGGAGUACGACCGCUGCCCAAAACAUGACGUGAAGGUCGUCAUCGGAGACCUUAAUGCUCAGGUCGGACAGGAGGAGGCAUAUAAACCAACAAUUGGAAGCUUCAGCGUCCACCAGCUGACAAAUGACAACAGCCUCAGGCUGAUAAACUAUGCCUCCUCCAAGCACAUUGGCAUCCGCAGCACCUUCUCCCAGCAUGCACACCGCCAUAGCUACACCUGGAGACACCCGAAGGGCGUUUCAAAGUCCCAAAUCCGCCACUUUCUGAUUGACGGAAGGCACUUCUCGGAUAUUAUCGACGUUAAUACGUAUAGAGGUGCAAACGUCGACUCGGACCAUUUCCUGGUCAUGGCAAGGCUGCGCCAGAAACUCUCCGUGGUUAACUAUCAACAGAGUCAGGCCACCCCAAGGCUCAACCUGGACCUGUUGAAGUGUGCUGAUGUAGCGGAGGGGUAUGCGACAGCGCUCGGGGAAGCGCUACCGGCCGACAACAACAUCGCCGCGAUGCCCCUCGCAGACCACUGGCGUAUGGUGGAACGAGCCAUCAGCACUGCAGCCGAACACAAGAUCGGCAGCUUACCACUUAGAGAGAAAAAGGAAUGGUUCGACGAAGAGUGCAGACGAGCACUAUCCGAGAAGAAUGCAGCGCGUGCCCGCAUGCUAUGGCAUGAAACCCGAAAUCUCCUGACGGACGAGCGGGAGGUGAUCGAAAGGUGGAAGUACUACUAUGAAGGACAUCUGAAUGGAGCAGAGGCAGGAGAGGCUGGUGCAAGUGGCAGAACAAGGCAACCACCACAGCAGCACAGCAGUAACAACAGCGACAGCAUCGGCGCAGACGACAAGGUGCCCCCGGCAUCUCUGGAUGAGAUUGCCAGCGCCAUCAAGCAGCUUGAGAGCAAUAAGUCUGCCGAAAGCGAUGGUCUAGUGGCCUAG